AUGUCGCCGAUGGCUUCACAGCCGACGGCCCCCCAAGACGGAGCGUCUUCUGCGUGUCAUUACUUCUCUAGCCGGGCGGUUGUAGUCCCCGGCAAAGACUACAUGAGAGGUAAUAUGCGAUUUUACACAAACCUAGACCCAGAAGCUCCAUUAGUAGAUGUUGGGUACUUGCGACCCAAGAACACAACAGCCGCGAUGGAGUCCAAGAAGAUGACCAAAGCGAACAAGAAGGAGGAGACACCUACUGUCCCAACCAGUUUCAUCCGAGGCUAUUCGGCGCUGCGCGGUCCUGUGGCAGGACAAGAAGGAUACCCUGGAGAGCAUCUCGUUACCAAGCGUACCCAAGCCGAUGAUCUGAAAGGUAUCCCCAGCAAGGAACUCAGGAAGAUUCCGCCGCACCCUGGCUGGGGCGGUGAUCCCGAUGAUGUUGAGGGUUCCGCACCCAGCGCUAGAAUUACACCAGAAGAUUUCCUUCACUUUUCUCGAGGUGCUAGUCGUUGGAAUACCGAUCAUCUGAAGGAUCCCCAAGGUGUUCUGGCCAAGCAAACCCGUGUCCGCCCCGAGGCGUCCUCUUUCCGUCCUGACAAGUACCCUACCUAUAUCUACGACGCGAAGUCUCAGUUCGACCAGAAUAACGGCGAGCCGGUCACCCCCGAGUACAACGUCCCUACCAGCCCGUCCAUCGUCUACACUCCGCCUGGCAUUCCUGAAAUGCCGUUCAAGACGAACACUUUCCUUGAACUCUACUCUCGUAUGCAUCCGACUCCGCACCGUGUCAUGGACCUGCCGACCGCCGGCGCCGACGAGCGCUACACUCUGUCUGACGUGAAACGCGUCGUCGGAGCGCAAGCCCCUCCCGGUAUCACCGGCACCGAAGCCGUUGACCGCCACGGCACCUACCUAGACCAGCAACUGCAACUCGUCGCGCAGCUCGAGGCCCAAGACAAAGAACAACAGACCAUCAUCGCCGCGCAGAAGCUGCACAUCGAGAAACUGGAGCUCGAGCGCCGCGCCCUGAAGGACACCUAUAUCCCGCUCCUGAACCUGCGCCGCGAGGCGCGCGCCCGCGCGCACAAGGAGAAGAAGAAGGAACGCGCCGCCGCCGCCGAGGCCGCGCGCAAGGAAGCCGAGGAUGCGGAGGAGCGCCGCAAGUACCGCGACGGCCGCGUGCGCGAGCAUUUGAUUAGUCGGGUCAUGGAUGUCAAAGCGAAGGUGGACGGCGCGACGAUGCGUGUUAACGAGUCCUUGCAGAAGCGCGCGGGGAUGGAGGAGCAUAUCAAGCGCCUCGAGCAGGAGAUUACUGAGGAGUGCUUUAUGGUUGGCAAGAGUAACUUCGAUGAGGUGUACGAUGCGGUUAACCGCGCUGUGCCCCUUACUGAUACCGCGUCGACUGUCUCCGCCGCCAGCGGUGGUAAUGAUACUGCUGCUGCCGAUGAUCUCCAGCAGAUGUCGAGCCUGAGCUUGCAACACAACCACGUCUCCGUCUUCGAGCCUGGUGCUACUUCGUCCGUGCCUUUGCGUCGCGAGUCUGAGGAUAGCGGUGAUAUAUACAACGCGAGCCCCAUCCAGCGGAGCAAGAGUCCCAAGGGCACAUGGGUUGCGCGCGAGGGCUGCCAGUUCGAUCUCGCGUUUACGCAGUUUAUGAAUCACUCCAAGAGCAUGUCUCACCUCGGCGAGAACGACUCGCGAGACUUCUACGACGCUAGCCCUAAGGUCGAGAAGGACAUGAAGCGAGGUGAUUCGUCUCGAUACGUUCAAGAGGAGGUUGGCGAGAGCUCCAAGCAGGGCGAGCAGGGUGGCAAGUCUUCUUAG